AUGGCGUGUGUUACGGGGGAUGAUACUGGACUGGUUAAGGUGUGGGACGUUACAAAAAGUUCGGGGGCCACUAUAGCCUUUUCCUAUGGUGAGCAAAGCCGAAAAAGAGGCAUUGCUGGUAUGUGCUGGAUGGACAGCUCAACGACAAAACUUGUUUUUUCUAUGAACGAUGGAGUUGUUUCGGUAUUGGAUUUAGAAGAACGUAAAUUGCUGCGGUCGAAAAAAAUGGGGCUUGUUGCGGGCUUACCUAAUGGUCUUGCGUUUGUGAAGGACAAACUUGUCAUGGUAGCUAAAGAUGGCAAGUUAUUAAUUGCUGACGCGUCAUUUGAGGAAGGGAAUAUCCUCAAAUGUAAUGGUCCCGUUGAGGCUUUUCAUAUUCAUCGAAAAUUUGGCAUGUUUGCAAUGGGAGGCCAAGAUAAUGAUCUUUGUGUGUAUGAUGUUUCUGCAGAAGAUGUGUCGAUUCCCCUGUUUAAGGCGAAAAAUGUGCGGGAUCACGUCUUAGAUGUGCCAUAUCCUGUAUAUGUGACUGGAACAUGUAUCAUCAAUCCCUUUGUAUUCUGCACGACAACCGCCUAUCAUCAAGUUCGUUUCUACGACCGUCGAAGUAGUGAAAGACCUGUACAAGAAUUUGAGAUCAGCCGUGAAAUUGAGCGUAGGCCGACGACGCUAAUGCAGUGGAAUUGCAAUAAAUUUCUUAUAGGAGAAGCGAGUGGGGAUAUACACUUGUAUGACACAAGACGUGGUUUUGCGUCUAGAGCCAAGUUGCGAGGUGGUGUUGGGAGUGUAAGGAGCAUGGCAAAACAUCCAGCUGGUCACCAACUUCUUGGUGUUGCGGGGUUGGAUCGCAAAGCAAGAAUAUAUCACGUCCCAACUGGAAAGCUGUUGAUGACCAUGUAUGCCAAGCAGAAAGUGUCAACCAUACUUUUUGAUAGGCAUUUGCCGCUCGCAGAUAAUACCGGGGCUUUCAGUAGUAUUGCAAACACCAAACAACCGAGUAAAUCCUCCACACUUGGUGAUGAGGUUUGGGAUAACAUGGAUCCUGUGGUGGAUGACAUCACAGAGGGUGCCGUUUCGCUCUAG